AUGUUCUCGUUCGUGACGGCCCAAUAUCAAUGGUACAAACUCGAGUUCGGAUUGACCUUGCUGUCUCCAUGGGAAGUCUUCACAUUCAAUGCGAUCGUGGUGUUCGUCCUCAGUGCCACCGCGUACUUCUCCGUUCGCGCAAUAUACUACAUUGUGUAG